UGGAGGUGAUGGCGCCUGCGGCCGUCCUGGGAAACGCGUCGGAAGUUCCCAAGCCCGCCUUGGCGAGGAGCCCCGAGAAGCCUGAUGGUCGUGCCGGGACCAUGAAAUUGACCCGUAAAGCGGUUCUGUCUCGAGCGAAGGCUACGAACCUCGGAGGGGUCCGCAAGCUGAAUUGCUGGGGAAGCCGUAUCUCAGAUAUAUCAAUCUGCCAUGAGCUUCCCAAUGUUGAGGUGGUCACAUUCAGUGCAAAUAACAUCUCCAGUCUGGAACCUAUUAACCAGUGCCAGAAGCUAACUGAGCUUUAUCUCAGGAGGAACUGUAUUUCAAACCUCCAUGAGCUGUUCCACUUGAAAAAACUGCCCUGCCUGAGAAUCCUCUGGAUGUCUGAGAAUCCCUGCUGUGGCUCUGACCUCCAUCGCUACAGAAUGACAGUGCUGCGUAAUCUUCCUAGUCUCUACAAGCUUGACAAUAAGAUGGUGACAGAGGAAGAACUGUCACAUGCCCUAUUAGAAGGAGAGGAGAUAACAACAGCCCCAGUUAAAACAGAUGUAGACAGCUGCUGCCAAUACUCUAACACUGAGUCCAGCACGACAGAACCUACAACAGAAAACGAACUCACGAACUUCAGCCUUGAGGAGACAAAUAAAAUCCGUGAGCAGCUUGGUAUGAAGCCUGUUGUUCCGAGAGAUAAAUUUUCAUCCCAAGAAGUAGGUGGUAACCAGAAAAAAUGGAACAAUAUCCUCAGUGCCAUCAUGCUACUCCUGGAAGAGCUGGAUUCAGAGGGUUUAGAAGUCCUCCAUCAAACAGUUGGAAACAAACUCCAAGCCUUGCAGAAGAAGGAACUCCAUGAGGACCGAUAGCACAUCCUAUGGAACUACUUGUAGAUCAGCAGAGUUUAUUUCACUAGUCCUGCUGGCAUCCUUUGUGUGCUGUUGGGCUUCCCAUGAGAAUGUAUGAUUGUGUAGAAAAAACAAGCACAUCCUGUGUUUCAUGUGCUAGAACCAUGUUCUACAAUAAUUUUUCAUCUACACUUUAUGUGCCUGCAUUUAUGCAACCAGUACCCCACCUUCCACAAAAGCUGGCAACAGAGAUGGCAAAUAAGCAUGCAUAGAGCUACAGAAAGUACUUGUCAUUUGGAAGAGGAUGUGCUUCACCUCCUGCUAGUACUUUCCAUCUAGAAUAAUCAUGCCUAGACUUGUUUUAUUCAUGGCUUUGUCAGACUAAGCCUGUGAUACAUCUGACUUGGUUAGCAUGAUGGCCUUUCCCAAUAUCCCAAUACUGGAGCAAGACUAAGCUUCAUGUCCCCUCCUCCUCAUUAAAUAGUGUUUGACAAUCCUGGCCUCAAAGCCAGAAUUUCAUAAAAAGUUAAAACUAAAAAAGAAAAUCAUUGAAUGUUUAAAUUAAAAGCUUGAAGCUAACUCUUUGCUGUCAUCAUUCCUUCUCUACUAAGUAACUUCAACGUAAUGAAAAAAUUGUCACUUGCAGUAGAUUUUGAAUUAUAAUUCCAUCCUAAAGCUCUGAAUGUUUCCCUCUGUCUGUGCAGCCUUCUAAAAAAAUUUAUGUUAUUGGAGGGGAGGACACAACAUCAAUGUGAUUCUGUGAGGAAGCAGCAUUAGACUGUACUGAACAAAAUCCACUACAGUAUUAUCUGAGAUGGUGGGUCCUCUAGCGUCCUUAGUCUGUCAAGCUAUAUCUAGUGCAGGAGCUUCACUUUGCUGUGAAAUAGAUAGAAUUUUCCUUCCAUAAUAUGAAGAUCCUUUGACUAAUGGCUGUGGUUACAAAUUGUGUGCUUUUUUGCUGAUUAUUUAUAGAACACUGACCCAGAUCUGUGUUUAUCUCUGGAUAGGAUUAUGUGGCCCUUACUAACUUGGUUUGCAGCAAGUUCCAUUUGUAACUUGGGAUUUUUUGCUUCUGUUGAUCAGCAUUUCUGGGGUGAUGUUAUCACACAAAUGAAAAUGGCAUAAAGCCCA